GGCACCGUAUAUAAUAAACUUCGGCGAAGUCGCGAUUCAUAUAUUAUUCAUUCCCUCUUUCUCAAUGGCGGGUCGUGGCAAAACUCUCGGAUCUGCUUCCGCCGCGAAGAAGGCAACAACCAGGAGUAGCAAAGCGGGUCUCCAAUUCCCGGUGGGUCGGAUCGCUCGUUUCCUGAAGAAAGGCAAGUACGCCGAACGUGUCGGUGCCGGAGCUCCGGUUUACUUAGCCGCCGUUCUCGAAUACCUAGCUGCCGAGGUUUUGGAAUUGGCUGGGAACGCGGCGAGAGACAACAAGAAGACGAGAAUUGUUCCGAGGCAUAUUCAAUUGGCGGUGAGGAACGAUGAGGAGUUGAGUAAGUUGUUGGGAGAUGUGACGAUUGCUAAUGGAGGUGUGAUGCCGAAUAUUCACAAUCAUCUUCUUCCUAAGAAGACUGGCGCUUCAUCGAAGCCAUCUGGUGAUGACGAUUGAUUAGUCAACCAUGUUUUUGUUUUUACGUUUUCAAUUGAUUAUGUUCAUAUGCUUCAGUUUCUAAUGAAAUCAAGAUUCAUACCGUUAUGCUUUAAACCAUAGUAGACAUGGGUUUCUAUAAUGUUUGUUUAAAUUUGAAUGAUUCUCUAUUACGUAAUUGUUGGACGAAAUCGAAAUCGAAAUGAUUUGAUGUUAGUCCAGAAUUGUAAAUUUGAAUCGAAUAAAUCAGAGUAGCUUUGGGAUUUGUUUGAUUCUCAAAUACUUGCGAUAUAGAAAUGAGAGAUCCAAU